AGCAUUCAUUUCUACAGAAAAACGUGAAAGCAGCAUUCUUUUCUACAGAGAAACUUGAAAGCAGCAUUCUUUUCUACAGAGAAACCUGAAAGCAGCAUUCAGAGCUACGACUUGAGGACGAUGAAAACAAAGGCGGACAUCCAGCGAAAAUUGCUUAGUAAGACUCAAUCUUUCAAUUAAAAGUGAGAGUCUGGAGUUCAGAACCAUGGAGGCUCGCUUUGGGAAUAUUUUGUUCAGCUCCAAGUUCGACUCGGGCAACCUGGCCCGCGUGGAGAAGGGCAGCUGGAGCCCUCCCGGCGAAGUAGCUACCGGCGGAAGUGCCCUCCCCGGGUCGAACCUUACCCCCGACUAUGAGUUCAAUGUGUGGACGCAGCCGGACUGCGGGGGCACAGAACAUGAGAAUGGGAACAGAUCAUGGUUUCACUUUAGUGUGCGGGGUGCUGCACCUGGAAAGAUACUGAAGAUCAAUGUGAUGAACAUGAACAACCAGAGGAAGCUUUAUAGCCAGGGCAUGGCUCCUCUCGUACGCACUUUACCCGGGAAGAACCGCUGGGAAAGGAUCCGGGACAGACCCACAGCUGAGAUUGUGGAUGGCCAGUUCAUCCUCUCAUUCCUGCACCGGCUGUCGGAGGUGCGAGGAGCGACCACCUACUUCUCUUUCUGCUUCCCCUUCUCCUAUAGUGAGUGCCAGGAGAUGAUGCAGCGGUUUGACAAAAGCUACCCUAAUGCUGCCCAACUCAGUCCAAGCAGUGCCCCGGACAGUGUGUAUUAUCAUAGGGAGUUGUUGUGCCACUCUCUAGAUGGUAAUAGGGUGGACCUGAUUACUGUGUCCAACUGCAACAGAAUGCAAGAGGAGAGAGAACCCCGUCUGCCCAAGCUGUUCCCUGACACCAACACGCCAAGACCUCAUCGCUUCUCCAGCAAAAGGGUUUUUUUUCUGAGCAGUCGAGUGCACCCCGGGGAGACUCCCUCAUCCUUUGUGUUCAACGGCUUCCUCAACUUCAUCCUCAGAAGAGAUGACCCUCGGGCUCAUGCACUUCGGAACACAUUUGUUUUCAAGCUAAUCCCCAUGCUCAACCCAGACGGGGUCAUUCGUGGGCACUACAGGACUGAUUCCAGAGGUGUGAACUUGAACAGACAAUACCUAAACCCCAGCCCUGAGUUUCAUCCCUCCAUCUAUGCAGCCAAAACACUUUUACUCUACCACCACACUAGCAACCGCCUGCACAAUGCACAGUCCAUCACUCACUGUAAUAGCCCCCCACACGUGGAGACCCCGCCCCUCGGCAUCAAACUUGCCAAUCAGCAUCCAUCUCCCACCUUCACCUCCCUCGAAGUCAGCUUGAACCAACAAAAUGCGGAGAAUGACACAAGUCCUGCGCUACCGGAGGUUCCCAUGGUGAUGGAGGAAAACGUCUGGGUCUCCUCGGGGAUGGGGAGGGUGGACCAAAACAGCUCAUCAAGCUCCUCUGAGACUGUAGCUCCUGUUACUGAGGAGGUAACCGCCCCAGAGGUGGAGAAACAACCAUUUUUUCCACCACAUGAAGGGGGAGUGGCAUAUUAUGUGGAUUUACAUGGCCACGCCUCUAAACGGGGGUGCUUCAUGUAUGGAAAUAACCUUCCUGACGAGAGCCAGCAGGUAGAGAACAUGCUGUAUCCCAGGCUGAUCGCGGUGAACUCGGCCCACUUUGAUUUCCUGGGCUGUAACUUCUCGGAGAAAAACAUGUAUGCACGAGACAAGAGGGACGGCCAGUCUAAAGAAGGCAGCGGGCGGGUGGCCAUUCACAAGGCCCUAGGGCUGCUUCACAGCUACACUUUAGAGUGCAACUACAACACAGGAAAAACCAUGAACACUAUCCCACCUGCUUGCCAUGACAACGGACGAGCAACCCCACCUCCACCCCCAUCCUUUCCUCCAAAAUACACUCCUGAGAUAUUUGAACAGGUGGGCCGCGCCGUGGCCAUCUCGGCCUUGGACAUGGCCGAGUGUAAUCCCUGGCCCCGCCUGGUGCUGUCUGAGCACAGCUGCCUGAUGAACCUUCGAGCUUGGAUCCUCAAGCACGUCCGCAACACCAAAGGCCUGAACGCACACAUCCACGCUCAUCCCCCGCCUAGAACACACCACAAUGGCAGCAAGGCAUCCCCGCCAAAGAGCUUUAACAACUGUUUGUCCGGCUCGACUUCGGAGAACACUCUCAGUCGCAUUCGCUGCAACAGCCACAGCAGCAGCAGCCAGACCCCCUCCCCAAAGAUGCACACCUCCCCAAGCUUCACGUUCGGUUUCCCCCCAUCCCGAAUGCACGCGCAGCAUAACGGCACGCACGCAGGCGGACGUGGGGGGAACAAGGCGCUCGGGCCGGUCAGGGACCCUAAGCCUCAGGAGAGGAGACGCCCACCCCACCACCGCUCCAUUCUACGUUCUCCCAGCAACAGCCACACGCCCUCGCUCCCCCCACUGUCUCCCCCCUCCUCCUCCUCCUCCUCAUCUUCCUCUGUGUGUGCAGUGGACUCCCGUCCCCUCCCGGCCUCCGUCACCAUGACAGGCCUCAGCUGUCCAGAUUUUCAGGCCAGAAGACCCAGUUCAGAGGGCUGGUCCAGAAUGCCUUUCCCCAUGCGGCGUGAAGGCAGGGGGUGCCAGACCCGUACAGUCACUCCUCACCAAGCAGAAGCCCACACAGAGACUGCUAAAGACUGGGGGCCUGAACAUAUCCUUUCCUCCAUCAAAAUUAGCAAGUAUGAGCUGCAACCUCACAUGAGCCGCAUCCCCAUUCGGAGGGCGGCGUCCACUGAACGCCAUCCUGCAGAUGGCACUGAAACCUCCCCGACCUGCAUCGACUCAGUUUCACCUGGAGAAAAGGAGGAGUCAGCCACCCUGAGGGUGUGGAAGCUACUUAAACCGGACCUCCAUCACAAUCUGUCAGUAUGUACACCGCCCAUGUUGCCGGUUAACACCACACGUGUAUCUGCGGAAGAGGGGGCCAAGCAGCUGCCUUCUAAAGCACCAAUGAAGAAAAGCCCAGACAGGAGUCUCCACCACACAGGAGACACUAUUAUAGAAAGAGCUGACGAAGAGGAGGAAGCAGUGCAACAGCUUGAGGAAACUCCAGCGAUGCUCCUACCGGAGACUGUGACCUUGUACAGAGAAGCCUAGCAGCAACACAGAAGAGGAACCACCCGUGUCACCAUCACCGUAUUUUAGUUGUUGCUUUGAACAAAAAGAUGUCAGAAUGUCAAUUCUCACUAAUACUGUAAUGCACUGGGGUUCAUUUUCAUUUGGACUGCACCUUUUUAUAGCCUUAUCUCAGUUGUGAUUUUAAAAACAAAUGUGAGUGAAGAGGGUAUUUAAUAUUAUUAUUCCAGAGGUUUGCAGUGUUAUGCCUCCUAUUUUCCAUGCCUUGUGUUACACAACUUAAAGGCAAUUUUGACAAAGUGUGGCUGUGAAGAAACUGAAAAGUGAAACUGUAAAAUAGCAGUGCAAAUAUGGAGAAAAUAAGGAGCGAAAGAUGUCCUUUUGAACUAAGAUCACCUGUGUGAUACAUUCUGUGUGGCUUUGAAGGGUCCAGCUCCUAUUCUGAAAGUACGGUAACAGUUAGGUUACUGAAAAAGAACCAACCCGAGGUGUAUCUAAGUAACCCAAGGCUGUAAGUAUUGCUUGGUACAGAGAAAGAAACCUUUCUUAUCUGCUCCCAGCUGGUCACACUCUAGUUGGAAUGCCUGUCAAAGACCUUGUCCUUGUGAGCACAAUCUUAGUCCUGGUUCAUUUAGAGUUUCUAUUCAAGUGGAAACAGUAAAGUCGAACUUUGGGUUUAGCAGACUGUGGGGUCAUAUUUAAUACACACCACAUCAUGGGUGUUGCAUACACUUUCGCUGUCCCAAUCCUGUGGAGCUUUUUGCUCAUCAAUAUUGAAAUAAUAAAAACAUAAAUGUACACCCAGUACUACUAAUAUAGUAUGUACUAUAUACACUUCCAUCAUCUCGAACGAGUCCGCCCCCUCUACUCUGACCUCUCACAUCAACAAGGCAUUUUCGUCCACACAACUGCUGCUCACAGUUGAUAUUUUCCUUUUGGGACCAAUCUUUAGAACUCCUAGAGUUCAACAUCACCGUUCUUCCCCAUUCUGAAGCUGUUUGAACAAGUUGUCUUGACCAUGUCUACGGGCCUAAAUGCAUUUGUUUUCAUCCAUGUGAUUAGCAAUUUGUGUUGACAAGCAAUUGAACGGGUGUACCAAAUAAAGUGGUCGAUGUGUGUAUAUAUAUUAUAUACAUGUGUGUAUAACAUACAAAUUAUACACUAGCAAGGUGUACCUUAUAUAGUGGCCGGUGAAUGUCAAUGCAAUAUAUACAUCAAACUAAUUUUUAUAUUAGACAAAGAUGAAACCUGUAACUAAAAGAAAAUGCAGUUUUUAAAAGGAUUUAUUUGUAUGUUUGUAAAUAGGAAACCAGGAACCAUAAAUACUUUUUAGUGACCGUGUGUGUGUGUAGAUAUAGAUAUAUCCACUACCAUAUCAAUAGUUUGUGUAAGGUAAAUAGUUGUAUUUUUUUAAUGUACUCACAUAUAACUGAUUACCACUCACUGUGAUAAAUUAUUUGUUGAAUCUUCAAUUAAACUUGCUGUAUAAAUACAUGCACUUGAAAACCUUUUCCAUUUGGUUUUUCCACAAUAACUAACUUUUAUAUCUCUUUUCUACUCCUCCUACGAAGCUCUUUGUGACUACUUGUCAUCACUCACCCAUUCAUACAUUGAUAACAGAAGCUACCAUACACAGUGACACCCUUCCAUCGGACCGCUCAGGGCUA